AUGGCCAGCGUCAUCCUGGAGAGCAUCUUCUUGAAGCGCUCGCAGCAGAAGAAGAAAACGUCUCCCCUCAACUUCAAGAAGCGCUUGUUCCUCCUGACGGAGAGCAAGCUGUCCUACUACGAGUAUGACUUUGAGCGGGGGCGCCGCGGCAGUAAGAAGGGCUCUGUGGACAUUGAGAAGAUCACCUGUGUGGAGACGGUGGUGCCUGAAAACAACCCUCCGCCUGAGCGGCAGGUCCCGAGGAAAGGAGAGGAUUACAACAACAUGGAGCAGAUCUCAAUCAUUGAGCGGUUCCCCUACCCCUUCCAGGUGGUAUAUGACGAAGGGCCCCUCUACGUCUUCUCCCCGACAGAGGAGUUGCGCAAACGCUGGAUUCACCAGCUGCAGACAGUGAUCCGGUACAACAGCGACCUGGUACAGAAGUAUCACCCUUGCUUCUGGAUUGACGGCCAGUACCUGUGCUGCUCCCAGACAGCCAAGAAUGCCAUGGGCUGUCAGAUCCUGGAGAGCAAGAAUGGCAGUUUAAAAGUUGGGCGGUCGCAUCGCAAGACAAAGAAGCCUCUUCCCCCCACUCCUGAGGAGGACCAGAUGGUGAUGAAGCCCCUGCCUCCCGAGCCAGCCCCCAGCACAGCAGGAGAAAUGAAGAAGGUGGUGGCCCUCUACAACUACGUGCCGAUGAAUGCACAGGACCUGCAACUGCAGAAGGGCGAGGAGUACUUCAUCCUGGAGGAAAGCCACCUGCCCUGGUGGAAAGCCCGUGACAAGAACGGGAGGGAAGGAUACAUCCCCAGCAACUAUGUCACUGAAACUAGCAAUUCCCUGGAGAUCUUUGAGUGGUACUCAAAGAAUAUCACUCGGAGCCAAGCAGAGCAGCUGCUGAAAGAGGAGGGUAAGGAAGGGGGCUUCAUCGUCCGAGACUCCACCAGCAAGACAGGGAAAUACACAGUCUCCGUCUAUGCCAAGUCCUCUGUAGACCCCCAAGGCACGAUCCGCCAUUACGUUGUAUGCUGCACCCCGCAGAACCAGUACUACCUGGCAGAGAAGCACCUGUUCAACACAAUCCCGGAGCUCAUCACAUACCAUCAGCACAACUCUGCUGGGCUCAUAUCCAGACUGAAGUACCCCGUGUCUCAGCAUCAGAAAAGUGCUCCUUCCACAGCUGGCCUUGGCUACGGGUCGUGGGAGAUUGACCCUAAGGAUCUGACCUUCCUGAAGGAACUGGGGACGGGGCAGUUUGGCGUGGUGAAGUACGGGAAAUGGAGAGGCCAGUACAACGUUGCUAUCAAGAUGAUCAGGGAGGGCUCCAUGUCAGAGGAUGAGUUUAUCGAUGAAGCCAAAGUCAUGAUGAACCUGUCUCAUGAGAAGCUGGUGCAGCUCUAUGGAGUCUGCACCAAGCAGCGUCCCAUCUUCAUCAUCACUGAGUACAUGGCCAACGGCUGCCUCCUGAACUUCCUGAGGGAAAUUCGGCGGCGGUUCCAGCCAGCCGAGCUGCUGGAGAUGUGCAAGGACGUCUGUGAAGCCAUGGAGUACCUGGAAUCCAAGCAGUUCCUGCACCGAGACCUGGCUGCUCGCAACUGUUUGGUGAAUGACCAAGGAAUUGUGAAAGUAUCGGAUUUUGGGCUUUCCAGGUACGUUCUAGAUGACGAGUACACAAGCUCCAUGGGGUCAAAGUUUCCUGUGCGGUGGUCUCCCCCUGAAGUGCUUCUGUACAGCAAGUUCAGCAGCAAGUCUGACGUCUGGGCUUUUGGCGUUCUGAUGUGGGAAGUUUACUCUCUGGGAAAGAUGCCUUAUGAGAGGUUUAAUAACAGUGAGACAACAGAGCACGUCAUCCAAGGCCUGCGCCUCUACCGGCCGCAGCAGGCCUCAGAGCGGGUCUACGCCAUCAUGUAC